AGUGGGCGUGGCGUCAGGCUCGGCGAGAGAGAAAAGCAAAACAAUCAUUUUUAUCCCCUUUUACCGGCUGCUUUUAGGAUCCGUAGUGAAUACGCUCUCGGCAGGGAGGCGUAGUCCACACAAUACUGUUAAAUGCAUCUUAUCCCGCUCAGCACUAAAAUCGACCGAAAACUGGUGAUUUUGCUUUAGUUGCGUUUGAUCCAGGUUGAGAAUGACUUCCAAGCGGCUCCUCGAUCAGCCUCGAGCCGGCGACAGCACGCACGAGGGGGGCGAGCCUGUCACUGGCAAGGCGUUUAAAACGAACGCGCUGCAUGAAGGUGCUUUAAAGAACUUUAGCAAGGAAAUCUCUCCAAAUGGACAUUAUUAUACCUCAGCGAGAGAGCGGCACUACAUUCACAAGAAAUUCGCGUGUGGCAGAGAGGAGGACGAACAGAGCUCAGGUGGGGUCAUUAAACAUAGCUGCCCUGCUCAUCGCCUGAUCCUGAAUGGCAUCAGGCUGCAAGACCAAACCCACACAGAGGUUCGGAGCCCAGUAAGAGGGCCUGGGGAGCCAGGAUGUCGCCUGCCGUCUCCAGAGACAGCGCACCCGCUCACGUCCUCCAUCAUCCCCGUCCCACACAACAGGAGGCCUUCUGGUCUUGCUGAUAAAGAGGUGAUGGCCGCCGCCGUCCUGACCACGCUGUCCACCAGCCCGUUGGUGCUCAACCCUUCCUCCGGUGCCUCAGGUGCAGAUUUGGCUGGUAAAGGCUGGAAGGAGAGCCUGUCUGCCAGCUACAGCAGCUCUACCAGUGGGAACUGGAGCUGGGAUGCCAGCGACCAAUCGGUGCCCUCCACUCCGUCCCCGCCCCUCUCCAACGAUCCCGGCAAGAGCUUCCUGCUUUCCUCCCAGAGUGAUGACAACAUUGAGGAAACCGAGAGCACACACUUCCUGUUUGAGGACCCCAUCCCCAGAAAAAGAAAGAACUCCAUGAAGGUGAUGUUUAAGUGUCUGUGGAAGAACUGUGAAAAAGUCCUCAGCACUUCCUCAGGGAUCCAGCGCCACAUCCGCACCGUCCACCUGGGGCGAAAUGGAGAUUCGGACUACAGCGACGGCGAGGAGGAUUUCUACUACUCUGAAAUCGAGGUGAACAUGGACACGCUCUCGGAGGGGCUGUCCAACCUCACCCCCACCUCGCCUACCACGUCCGGCCCGGCCCCCAUCUUCCCCGUCUUGACUUGUGAAGCGCCUCGAUCGGAGCCCGCCCACGUGAUCCACACCCCGCUCAGCCAAUCGGCACCCUCGGCGCUGUGCCACAUCCGCACUGACCACGCCUACCAGGCUACAACCCCUGUCAGCAUUCCCAGCAUGCCCUCUGAACCGCCUCACAGUGAGGAUAGGAUUAGUGUAUCCUGGCAGUCGCCCCCUGUCAUAUAUAAAGGUCUACCGGGCCCGAUGACUCAAAUCCGCACUGUUAGCAUCGGUGAGAAGAGACAGCCUGUUAACCACACCACUGUCAGCAAAACACACACCAACACCACCUCCACUUCCAAACCCACUACUGGAGCCAGGAAACCGCGUGGCGAAGCCAAGAAAUGCCGAAAGGUUUAUGGCAUGGAGAAGAGGGACUUGUGGUGCACGGCGUGCCGCUGGAAGAAGGCCUGCCAGCGCUUCACUGACUGAGCUUUAUCCCGUACCCCACCUUCAAAACGUGCUCGUUCAUAGCGGCUGUUCCACGGACAGAGCGCCGAUGUCGAGAGCCGAGAUGUGUCCGUCUGAGGCAUGUGGCUUUUUAAACGUCACCGAUUCCUCCAGGCCACAAGGGGUGCUCUUUUCUUACCCACUUCCAUAGUGGAACACUGAGACUUUUAUUCAGAAAAACAAAAACCUGAUAAAAAGCAAAAAAAAAAAAGAUAAGAAUUUUGAAAAAAAAAGCUUUUGCUGCAUUGCAUAUUAAGGCAAAAAGAAGUUUUUUCUUAAGUAAUCCAGAAACAAAACAUUCAAAGCAGAUUUUCCAUACUUCAUGUUUUGUGUGCGUUCUGUGUGGAAGACAGCUAAUGAUUUUUCAUGAUUUUAAGUGUGGCAGACUUUAUACCUGGCAGUUUUUACUGUUAAAAUCCCUGUUGAGCUAUUUUUGAUGGGUAUUAUUGAGUAUUUUAAACAGUUAACCACCUUACGUUUGCCCUUGCGACUCCAAACACAUUUAUGUGGACGUGAUUUAAGCUUCAAUCAACCUGCUUUUCGUUCCAAAUCGAACCGUUUCUGGACUUACCUCUUCGUUUUGCCUACAAGCACUUUUUAACGGCCAUUUUGAUUUUGAUCAAGCGGAGUACAGUCUAGCGUUGCAUCGCAGUCUAGCGUUGAGCGUUUUAGCAAAUAGUCAAGAACUGUUUCAACACAUAUUGCUAAAGUAAUACCUCUAAACAAGAAUGAGCCUUUUCCGGAGAGAGCCUUUAGUGUACUUCAGCGCGAGUAGUUGUAGUGCAGGAAUGUAAAAUGGCUUCUCUCUCCCAAACUAUUCUGUCCCUCACAGAUCAACCAGCCUCUUCAUAAGCUACGAGGUUUAUUCCUGUCGGUCCACAGUAUUAAUUCAAUGGCAGGCACUUUAACCGGCCAAACUUCGGAUUUAACAGACAAUCUGCUGUCGAGGGAAGUCAUCCCGGUCUAAUGUGAUCCGUAAAUCGAGCGGUUUCCUGCAAUUCGGGCCACGAUAUGCUUCCUAAGGAACUAUGGGCUUCUCAUUCAGCAUACGGAUGUUAUUCACGUAAAGGAAACGCUUGCUCUGAGAACGUGUAGACGUCUUCCACUGAGCUUUCUUUUCACAUCGAGGUGAUCGUGUGGCGUCUUUCGUGCACUGCGCUACCUGACCCUCGCCUACAAAUACCUACACAUCGAGAUCCGUUUGGGAAUAAAAAUGGCUUGUUUUCUUAAAAAAUGUGGCGAAAUUAAGCGAGUUUAUGCUUGAACUGAGAAAAAAAAAAAGUUAGUCCUUCUUUCUUCUGGCUUUAAACAUACUCUCGCUUACUGUUAUGUGUUUUCAGGAAAUAAGUCAUGAAAUCCAAAUAAAUGUAUAGAGGGUUCAAAUAUUUGUACUGGAAAUCAAGACUCUCUCUCUUUGUACAUAUGUAUCAGUUCUUUUGCAGUGAACCUUUCAAAGACUCAAAUUAUUUCUUAAAAAAAGAAACUAACUCUAAUUCUAGCUUUUUUAGCGUUAUAUCAAGGUAUGGGAAUUAAAUCAUGUUUAAGCUUUCAUCCGAUCAACCAAUCAAAAUGUAGCUCCCAAAAACCGUAGCAGUUUUAACCAUUUAAGAUGGGACUCAAAGAAACAAUUGGACAGGUGCGUAAUUGCCAAAUGAUCGAAUCCAUCAAAAAAAAUUUGUCCAGCCACAGCUUACAGCAGCUUUGCCUUCUCUUUCCCGGUGGUCAGAAAGGAAAGAGCGUCCCUCUCAUGAUCACAACUUUCACUAAGUGCCAAUGAGAAGAACAAGAGGGGAAAAUAUAAUUGCACUAACUUGUACUGCACAAAACGUAUAUUUUUAUGUACCUUUUUUUUUUUUUUUUUUUUUUUACGCAGAAAUUGAAGUUUUUAAAAAGCAAUUGCUUAAUGGUUGCCUGGCGACCGCCGCGGUUCUCUCAUCGGGUCAGGGAUGGGGUCUUUCUUUUUUUUUUUUUUUUACUGACCCUGCAAAUAUAAGCUUACUUGGCGGUACUUGGCGGCAUCGUGUCGGUUAGGGGCUCGCGGCGCGUGGCGUCGGUCACGUGGCGUCGGUCACGUGGCUAUCAUUCAGGCUUGUUUCUAGGGAACGUCACUGUCUCGAUUUAAAAUGAAGAUCGUUUCCUACGUUCAACAUCGCAUUCGUCUUCGUAGGACGAGGGUCGUGGGAAGGUUUGAGGCGUUAAGAAUCAGGCAGCGACGCUUUAAAUACGUUAAUCAGUUUCAUGGCUUUGAUAACAUAAAAUCUAUACGAGAAUGCCUUUUUUGUUAAAUGUCACUGUAGUGAAUAUAACGUGUAUAUAUUCAUUGUAUAUUUUGGGCUGAGGGGAAAAAAAGCAUCAACGAAUGUACAAUCUACAAAAUGAAUUCAUCGGAGUUUGUCUCGCGCGGAUUUCUUUCAUAUCAAGUAACGUUAGUUAGAACCACUCAGUGUUUUUUUUCUUUGGUUUUCAUUUUCAGUGGGCGCUCGCAUUGAAGCGUUUUUCGUUGUUUUGUGGAUUAGCGAAUGAGUACAUCGUGGAGCAUGUACUAUAUUGUGAGGCAGGAGGGACGUUACUAUGUGGAUCAUUGCGUCAUUCUGCCCUGCACAUUCCCAUCACUUUGAUGAUUUUACGUUAGUUUGUCUGAGCCUUUGUCUGUCCGUUCCCAAUAAUCUAACUUCACUGACUGCCUGUUGCUUUUCAGCCAGGAUAUUAAGCUAAACACCCAAGAAAAUGUGUAGAAACUCCACUUUCUUUCUUUGUAACAUUUUCCGAACGUUUCAGUGUUCAGAAAGCAUCAUAAUAACCCUACUAUUCAAUACAGCUCAUACGAUUUCUCUUUUUAGAACAACUCUUUGGGCCUUGUUUAACUCUUGAGGUCUCGUCAAGGCCUUUUUUUUUUUUCAUUGUUCUUCUUUGGUUGAAAUUUGAUGCAUGUCUUGUAUCAUCUUUGUACUAUCUUGCUUUAUUGGAACCAUUAUUGUUUUUCAGAAGUUGACAGUGACGUGUCUAGAGUUGAGUGAAUGAACGAGAGGAUGGAGGUGUUUCUGGUGUUGACUUUCAGGUCGGUUGGUGACGAGAGUGUGAUUUCUGUGGCUGUAACGUGGAGAUUGAAAUAAACGUGGAUUUCAGGAA